CGUUUGCCGGGGAACCGUGAGGGGAGACCCCGGCCCGGAGAAGGAGCUCCCGCCGCCCCCUUCCCGCACAAGAUGGCGGGGGGCGGGUCGGAAGUGACGGAGGGAGGAAGCUCCGUCCUGUUUGAAAGCGCCCGGCGGAGGAGCCGCCGCCGUCUCCGGCUUCCCGCCCGGGCCGCCAUGGCCGCCUUCGCCAUGGAGCCGCCGCCCGCAGGAGCUGAGCCGAUGACUCUCGGCUCCCCGACGUCUCCCAAACAAGGAGCUGGUGCUCAGUUCCUUCCCGGGUUUUUGAUGGGUGACUUACCUGCCCCGGUGACUCCACAGCCACGUGCUCUGUGCGGCCCUUCAGUCGGAGUAAUGGAAACGAGGUCUCCGCUACUUGCAGGAGGAUCUCCCCCACAGCCAGUGGUCCCAACACAUAAAGAUAAAGGCGGCGCUCCCCCCGUGAGGAGCAUUUACGAUGAGUUGUCCAGUCCUGGGCUUGGAUCAACACCUCUAACCUCAGGAAGACCAGCCAACUUCUCCUUAACACAGAGCCCAGCAGUUGGAAUUCUGCCAUCAACUCCAGGCACAGCUUCAAGCGUGUUCAGUCCUGCAAGCAUUGGGCAGCCUAGGAAAACUACUCUGUCUCCUGCUCAGCUAGAUCCUUUUUAUACUCAAGGUGAUUCCCUUACUUCAGAAGAUCAGCUUGAUGACACAUGGGUAACUGUAUUUGGAUUUCCCCAAGCAUCAGCUUCCUACAUUCUUCUGCAGUUUGCUCAGUAUGGAAACAUAUUAAAGCACGUGAUGUCCAACACAGGAAACUGGAUGCACAUUCGAUAUCAGUCUAAGCUUCAAGCCAGGAAAGCCCUAAGCAAAGAUGGAAGAAUUUUUGGUGAAUCCAUCAUGAUUGGUGUCAAGCCCUGUAUAGAUAAACAUCUGCUAAAGGGAGUGAAUGAAACUCUUUGGCAAGCUGAGUCUGAGCAAAAGAGUGUGAUGGAAAACUCUGAAAGAAACUCUACAUCCUCAAUGUCUUCGGUUUUCACUCCACCUACAAAAUCUACUGGCACACCAGUACAACUUGCAAAUAAUGCUACAAGGAUUUCUACAAUGAGACCUCUUGCAACAGCAUAUAAAGCUUCCACUAGUGACUAUCAGGUGGUUUCUGACAGACAGACUCCUAGGAAAGAUGAAAGUAUUGUAUCCAAAGCAAUGGAAUAUGUGUUUGGCUGGUAACACCCCAGAGGCAGGAACACACUCAGCUGCUCAGGGUUGGAGCUGGUUGGUUGUAUAACUACAGGGGGUGUUUUAUCUCCCAUAGCCCCUCUUCUGCCUUCAGUUAAAUUCAGCAGACAUGUAGCUUGCACCUUAAAGGAUGGCAAUGUACACCUGGGUUUGCAAACUGAGUUAAGUGUAAAUAAAAGUGCUUUAUUCCCAUUUGUGCUCCAAUUGCAUGAUUGUAGAAAAAAUGUCAGCACUGACUUCUCUAGAAUUACUUCCUGCGAGUUAUUUCCCACUAAGUUGGAAAUGCUUAAAAUGGCAGCUACAUUUACUGAUGCCUUUAAUUUUUUGGGUUUUUUUCCCCCUCUGGAGAGAUGAUGGGCUAUUUACAGGAAGAAAACUAUGCACAGCUGGCUCCCAGGGACAGGGUCUGUUCUUAGUAUGUGUCAUUUUAUUUUUUUUUAAAUUAAAAUUCAUUGCUGUGUUGUAAUUAUCUCUGGCAUACUGUUCUAAAUGUCAUAGCAGCCUUUGAACUCCUUUUUUUUUUUAUUAUUAAUAAAGAUCAAGUGAAGUUU